AUGUUCAACUGGGCAAGACAACAGCUGGCCAAUGUCGCCGGCACCCAGGAGCCUAUCUAUGGCCCGACUGCCAUCAAGUCGGUUGCCCAGGAGGCAGCAAUCACGUCGCAUACAGAGCUUACCCGCGAUGACCUGAAGUGGCGGGCGAUGACAUCCACCUGUGUCGAGACGCAGACCUUCUAUAUGACCACCGACAGUGGUCACCUUGCCUUUGUGCAGGUCAUCUACAGCAAUGUCGCUGGCAUUCGAACAACAUGUCAGUUCAACACCAAGGUCUUCAACCUCAAAGACGACGGCAAACCGCAUCUGUGGUGCACAACCCCCUUGAGCAACCACUCCUUCAGUGAAGAUAUGACAGCUUUUUAUGCCGACGACUGCGCCGUCGAGCUUUCCGAGGACGGCACAUCAUAUACAAUCAAGUCCAUGACAGAUGAGCGAGCCAUUGUCAACAUCAAGGUCACCAGGACCACUCCAGGGUUCCAUGCAGGCAAGACGGGCACCACGUUGUUUGGGACGGAUCUGGCCGAUCCCUGGGGAACAAUGCGCCAUGCCUUCUGGCCCAGGUGUCAGACGGAAGGCACAAUCACGACUCCUGAAGGGCCCAUCGACGUCAAGGGACGCUGCCUAUUUGUCCAUGCGCUGCAGGGCAUGAAGCCCCACCAUGCCGCGGCCAGCUGGAACUUUGUCAACUUUCAAGGCCCGACACACUCGGCUGUCUUGAUGGAGUACGUAACACCACCAUCGUAUGGAUCUACGACUGUCAGUGUCGGUGCCAUCGCCAAGGAUGGUGAAAUCGUUGUUGCUGGCUGCUCAAACCAUGUUGAACAUGUCGAAACCCGGAGUGACUCAGAGAACGACUGGAAGGAGCCGACGAAAGUCAAGAUGACAUGGUCUGGCGCGACAAAAGAUGGCAAGAAGGUCGAGGCCGGCAUUGAGGGCGAGUACGAGACGCGUCUGGAUCGCAUCGAUGUCAUGGCUGAGGUCCCCGGCUUCGUCAAAAAGUUCGCCGCAGCUACCGCAGGGACGAAACCUUAUAUCUACCAGUACAUGCCUCGCAAAGUGAGUCCAACACUGAAGCUCAAGCUCGGAGAGGAGCCCGAGAUUACCGAGACCGGCGCCAUGUUCUGCGAGGCCACUUUUAUCAGUGAUUCCACUACUGGGGAACAAUAA